AGUGCCGUCUGUGUAAAGUCCGGUCGGCUGUGGAUUGCUCGGACCUUUUUUUUUACUAUUAAAUAUCUUAAUUAUCAAUUCCAAUAAUGGCUGCAGAAGUAGUUGACGACCAAGCGAUGAGGGAAGCUCAGAGGGACUAUCUAGAUUUUCUUGAUGAUGAUCAAGAUCAGGGCAUCUACCAGAGCAAGGUCCGGGACAUGAUCAGUGAAAACAAAUUUCGCCUCAUCGUGAACAUCAACGACCUCCGGCGGCGCAACGAGACUCGUGCAGCUAGGUUGAUGAAUAGCGCCUUCGAGGAGCUCCUUGCCUUUCAGCGUGCCCUGAAGGACCUUGUGGCAUCUGUGGACGCAACCUAUGCCAAGCAGCACGAGGAGUUCUUUGUGGGCCUCGAGGGUAGCUUCGGCACCAAGCACGUAACCCCUCGCACCCUCACCUCCCGGCUGCUGGGUAGCAUGGUGUGUGUGGAGGGCAUCGUCACCAAAUGUUCGCUGGUGCGUCCCAAAGUGGUCCGCAGUGUGCACUACUGCCCUGCUACUAAAAAGACCAUGGAGCGCAAAUACACAGACAUGACUUCACUGGAUGCUUUCCCCUCCAGUGCCAUCUACCCUACUAAGGACGAGGAGAACAAUCCUCUGGAGACAGAGUUUGGUCUGUCCAGCUAUAAGGACCACCAGACGGUGACGGUGCAGGAGAUGCCAGAGAAGGCUCCGGCCGGCCAGCUGCCCCGCUCCGUGGACAUCAUCCUGGACAACGACCUGGUGGACAUGAUCAAGCCCGGGGACCGAGUGCAGAUCAUCGGAACCUACCGCUGCCUCCCCGGCAAGAAGGGUGGCUUCACCUCUGGAACCUUCAGGACCAUCAUGAUUGCAUGCCAGGUUAAGCAUAUGAGCAAAGAAACUGCUCCGUUCUUCUCCGCUGAUGAUGUGUUGAAGAUCAAGUCCUUCAGCAAGUCACGCUCUAAGGACGUGUUUGACCAGCUGGCUCGCUCCUUGGCGCCCAGUAUCCAUGGCCAUGAAUACAUUAAGAAAGCCAUCUUGUGCAUGCUGUUGGGUGGGGUGGAGAAGGUUCUGGAAAAUGGCUCACGUCUUCGUGGAGACAUCAACGUCCUGCUCAUUGGUGACCCAUCGGUGGCCAAGUCCCAGCUGCUGCGGUACGUUCUGCACACGGCACCACGGGCGAUCCCCACCACUGGCCGAGGAUCAUCCGGCGUGGGUCUCACUGCAGCCGUCACCACUGACCAGGAAACAGGCGAGCGUCGCCUAGAGGCUGGCGCCAUGGUGCUGGCGGACAGGGGAGUGGUCUGCAUCGACGAGUUUGACAAGAUGUCUGACAUGGACCGCACAGCCAUCCACGAGGUCAUGGAGCAGGGCCGCGUCACCAUCGCCAAGGCGGGCAUCCACGCCAGGCUGAAUGCCCGCUGCAGCGUGUUGGCAGCUGCCAAUCCCGUCUAUGGCAGGUAUGAUCAGUACAAGACUCCCAUGGAGAACAUCGGGCUGCAGGACUCGCUGCUGUCGCGUUUCGACCUGCUCUUCAUCAUGCUGGACCAGAUGGACGCCGAGCAGGACCGCGUCAUCUCGGACCACGUGCUGCGCAUGCACCGCUACCGAGACCCGCGCGAACAGGAGGGAGGCGUGCUGCCACUAGGUGGCGCUGUGGACGUGCUGGCCACCGAGGACCCGGACAUCACUCAGGAGGAGCAGGAAGAGAUGCAGAUCUACGAGAAGCACAACAACCUGCUGCACGGCAAGAGACGCAAAGAUAGGAUUGUGAGCAAGGAGUUCAUGAGGAAGUACAUUCACGUUGCCAAGGCGAUCACCCCUGUGCUGACCGGCGAGGCAGCCGGUCACAUCGCAGAGGAGUAUGCCAGGCUCCGCAGCCAGGAGCAGCUGAGCUCCGACGUCGCCCGGACAUCGCCUGUGACGGCGCGAUCCCUGGAGACGCUGAUCCGCCUGUCCACGGCCCACGCCAAGGCCCGCAUGAGCAAAGCCGUGGAGCUGGAGGACGCAGAGGUGGCCGUGGAGCUUGUCCAGUUCGCCUACUUCAAGAAGGUCCUGGAGAAGGAGAAGAAGCGCUCAAGGUCGGAGGGACGCGACACGGCGUCGGAGGAUGAGGAGGAAGAGGAAGAGGUGGAGGACACACCACGGCCACCACGCAAGAGAGGUCGCCGUUCAGCUGAGCGCAGGCCCUCUCAGGGCAGUGAGCCCUAUGACCCCUACGACUUCACCACAGAGAAGCAAGUUCCACAAAUUCACUCCCCUGCUCCCAGACCAGCUGAGGAGACCACAGAGACGCCACCAGAGAACGGACACACAGACGUCUCACCAGACAGGCUGAAGGCAUUCAAGGCAGUGCUGUUGGACGUGUUCCGUGAUGCCCACGCCCAGUCCGUGGGCAUGAAUGCCCUGCUGCAGGGCAUUGCCAAGAGCUCCGCAGCGCCCUUCACACCUGCCGAGGUGCGUGCCAGCCUCUCGCGUAUGCAGGAUGACAACCAGGUCAUGGUGACCGAUGACAUCAUCUUCCUCAUCUAAGGCUGAGGAGGAGGAGGAGGACGAGGAGAAGGAGAUGAAGAGCAUCACGGAGAGAUAAGAUCUUGUGGCCUGAUAUGAGUUUCAUAGCCAAACCUACACAGAUUGUAAAGCCACCUUUAUUUUACCUUUCAGAUUUACGUUUUAAAGUUUGUCUGUGUUUUAUGUUAUGUUCAAAGAUGUGUAAUGCCAUUCUCACAGGCUCUGGUGUUUUCUAGCUGGUCUUAAACAGGGUCUGAAUUGGGUUCAGAUUAGACGUCACGAUUCCAUUCAGUUUGCUUCUAGAGUGCAGCCAGGGAGACCCAGUAACCAACUCAUAUUCUGAUAAGAAACAGAAGGGCUGCAUCAUGUAGGACUGAUCUGUUUUUACAUGAUUUCUUUCUAGGAGAGAUGCUUGUCUUGUAAAUAUAUAAUUUUUCUAUUUCAUACCAGUGUAGUCCUUUAAUUGAAGAAAAUUCAAUUGUGGCUGUGUUACUUAAAGGACAAAUAAAUAAUAUGUUAUGUA